AUGAGCGAAAACGGCAAAUAUGUGGAUGGGAGCCUCUGGUUCUAUGCACCCAACAAAGGGGCGCCAGUAUUCUUUACGGUAGCCUUUGGUGCAUCAGGGCUUUGCCAUAUCUGGCAAUGCAUCCACUACAAGUGCUGGAAGCUCAUGGGCGUUUAUACCUUUUGCGCUUUGCUGUUCACCAGCGGUUUCAUCCUGAGGGAAAUCGGGACAUUCAACUAUGAUAACCUUGACAUCUUCCUGAGCAGUACUGUUCUCAUAUAUGCGGCGCCACCUCUCUAUGAGCUAGGCAACUACCAGAUUCUCGGACGGAUUCUCUAUUACGUACCUCAGCUCGCACCGAUGCAUCCUGGCCGCGUCCUGACGACGUUCGCCGCUAUAUCGGGCAUUGUCGAAGCAUUGAAUGCGAAUGGUGCCAUCAACGCAUCGAAUUCGGACUUGCCCAUGUCAAGACAGAACAUCGGCAAAGCCCUCCUGAAGGCGGCGCUGCUUAUCCAGAUCGGAGUCAUCUUCCUCUUUGUGCUGACAGCUGCCUACUUCCAACGCCAGUGUAUCAAGAACGGCAUUCGAAAUGCCAAGCUCAACGGCGCCUUGUUGACGCUGUACAUUAGCAGUGCGCUCAUCACGGUCAGGACGAUAUACCGCAUCGUCGAAUACUUCAGCCUCGCCAAGCUGCAUUUCGAGGAAGGCAUGGAUCCUAUGUCGUUCAGCCCAAUCAUCAGAUACGAAUGGUUCUUCUACGUCUUCGAAGCGGUCCUGAUGAUUUGCAACCAGGUUUUGUGGAAUGUUCGUCAUCCAAGGCGAUACCUCCCGAGCAGCACAAAGGUGUAUCUGGCCAAGGACGGCGUUACCGAGAUUCUUGGUCCUGGCUAUAAGGAUGAACGGAACUUUCUCGUCACACUCUUCGACCCAUUUGACAUCUAUGGUCUGAUCAAGGGCAGAGACAAGAAGACCCGUUUCUGGGAGAACGAGGCGCCCACCGAGGACGCUUCGAGGAAAGAAAACAACAGGAACGGGGCAGCUCCCGAGUCCACGGUGUGA